AUGAUGAUGCAAAAGAUCGUUGUCGGGUCUAUGCACAGGUCCUUUCGGGCAACACAAAGGUCGAUAGGGCUGUCAAUCCGACAGUCUUCCACAAUACCUACGCCUCCUAGGUAUGAGGGAAAGGUACCAAGAUACCUCAGCAUGAAAGAUUAUGUUGGCGAUCGGUACAAAGGCAACUUUAAGGUUGCAACUUUUUCUGGACAACCCGAACUUAAUUCAUAUCAACAAAAGUUACGUCAGUCUGUUCAUUCGGCUUUACAAAAGGAAAGAAUUGACGUUCAUGAAUGGCCAGCCCUCCAGGAUUUUAUCGUCAGAAGUAUCAUCCGAGAUAAAAACAGGGCAAUGUAUUCCCUGAAAGAGAUGUUGUUAGAUUUGGGAUAUGAACACCAGCAUUUCUUCACUCAUGGAUCCUUCGCAACAGACCCUCUCUUCAUUCAGAUGUCGCCCGAGUCUGAAAGUUCGAUUCUACAAAUUUAUCGUAUAGUGUCAAAAGUACUACCGGAGCUACCAAGAAUAGUGGCCCAGCUUUUAUUUGAACGAUAUUAUGUUUUCGGCCUUCACUCUUAUUCUGAGCAAUUACUCGACAUCGUUGAAGGUCUGGACAGUCUUACCAGCAUGAACCGGUCACAGUUGCUUAGUACUAGACUGAGAUGCCGGAGAUUCAGAGAUUAUUGGGAAGCAUUCGCAGAGUAUCGAAAAAUGCGUGAUUGGUGUUUGGAAAGAGGAAUUCGGGAGAUCUUCCCCUCUGAUGAAUGGUUUCGCGUGCUGUACAACUUGAUAAGAGUGGAUAUCUACGACACAGAAAGCACUCCUUCUCUUCCAGUAGAGAUCCUCGAGGAGCUGAUGACAGACUACGACAAUCUCGCACAAGAAAAGGAGCAUAGAAGACUUACGAUGGUUACGCUCGCUCUGAACCAUUAUGGCAAAAGCGCAUCUAAAGCUGUUGGAUCGAAAUGGCGUAUGUAUCAUCAGCAGGUCAUCACUAUCAUUCAUGAAGGAUUGGUGAAACGCUACGGUGACGAUUUGAAUGGCGACGUUGCUAUUUUCAACUCUUUACUCGAAGCAUAUGGUCGCGCAGGCCUGUUUAAUUCCGCUAUAGAGAUAUGGAAUCAGAUGGUCAACUCGAAUGUCGAGAUUAGUGCUGCUACACUCGCAAUCAUUUUUGAUCAUUGCGGACUCAACGGUCGUCUGUCAGACGCAAUCAAAAUCUUUGAAUCGUUGCAGCAUGGCGAACGUUUCUUAGAGCUCAUGGAAAAAAACAUUUGGGAUUCAUGGUUAGAAUGCUUGUGCAGAUGUGGCGCACUUCAGGAAGCCAUAGACUUUACAUUUCAUCUCAUGGAGCCUAAAUUGAGAGAACGAGCAGAAGUGUACAAAAACACGGAGACGAUGAGAACAGUCACUACCACCAAGGAAAGGUAUUAUAAAAGGAUAGAAAGCGAACUGACGAAGGAAAGUGAUCUCAAAUAUCCCGACAAGCAAGACUUAGAAUUUCAGUCGCAACAGCUUCGGAAAUAUUCAUCGAAAGGUCUUUCAAUAUACGCACCGGAUGCCAAAACUUUCAAAUUGCUACUAGGUUUCUCCCAUGUUAAGCACAAACAAGAUUCUUACGGUUUCACCCAACCUGAACUGCACGCUGAACUCUUACAGCGACUGCAUCAAGAUUAUCCUAACCUCGUGCCUUUCAUCGAAGAUCGUCUACUCGUGCCAAUAUAA